UUCAGUUUCAUUCCGAAGACCCUCUGAGAGAGAAAUCCGAAAAAUUAGAAAGUAUCGGAUGUUUCCAGAUUUUCCAAGAGAGAGGCCCGUCUCUCCACCCCACCUCUGAAACCAGCAGCGGCGGAGCUAGGUUGGAGAGGAUUAAUCCCUUGUACCGCUCCAAUCCAAAAGAAUCACUAGGACCAUCGUCGUUCACAGUUGAUGCAGGAUUAAUAACCUCCUUUUCAUAUGUGAGACUGUUCGUUACCAACUGUGCACAAAUAGUUCGGGGCAAGGAAGAUGGUGUUUGGCCAAGUGGUGGUUGGACCUCCUGGUUCAGGCAAGACAACUUACUGCAAUGGCAUGUCGCAGUUUCUCAAGCUCAUUGGAAGAAAAGUUGCUGUGAUAAAUCUUGAUCCUGCUAAUGAUGCAUUGCCAUAUGAGUGUGCAGUAAACAUUGAAGAUCUCAUAAAAUUGAGCGAUGUAAUGUCUGAACACUCUUUAGGCCCUAAUGGAGGCCUUGUUUACUGCAUGGAUUACUUGGAAAAAAACAUUGACUGGCUUCAGUCCAAGUUAGAGCCACUUACUGCAAACGAUCACUAUCUUCUUUUUGAUUUUCCUGGCCAAGUUGAGUUGUUCUUUCUUCAUCAGAAUGCGAAGAAGGUUAUUAAGAAACUGAUGAAGAAGAUGGACCUUAGGUUGGCUGCCGUGCAUCUAGUAGAUGCUCACCUCUGCAGUGACCCUGGUAAAUACAUUAGUGCUUUGCUUUUAUCUCUGUCAACUAUGUUGCAUUUAGAGCUUCCGCACAUCAACGUGUUGUCCAAGAUUGAUCUCAUUGAGAACUAUGGGAAGCUUGCAUUUAAUUUAGACUUCUAUACGGAUGUACAAGAUCUAUCAUAUUUGCAGUAUCAUCUCGACCAAGAUUCUCGAUCUGCAAAAUAUAGGAAGCUUACCAAGGAACUAUGUGAGGUUAUAGAAGACUUUGGUAUAGUUAAUUUCACAACCUUGGAUAUUCAGGACAAGGAAAGUGUAGGAAAUCUUGUAAAGCUGAUAGAUAAAUGUAAUGGUUAUAUAUUUGCUGGCAUUGAAGGGAGUGCUGUUGAAUUCAGUAAAAUAGCUGUUGGACCACUGGACUGGGACUAUUAUAGAGUUGCAGCGGUCCAGGAAAAAUAUAUGAAGGAUGACAAUGAUUUUGAUAAGUAACAGUUGCCCUUCUGAAGGUGUUUCUGAUUGCAUAGACAACGCAGCAGAGUUAUCUGGACCAUUUUACAUGCCUAGAGAACAUUUGACUGCCCCUAUUUGGUCCACAGAUAUGUGCUUAGUUGAGAUGAGGCGCAAGGUCAUUUGGUUUCUGAUGCUGGACAUGAAGAAAUGAUGAACAAAACAUGUUCUGUUGCAAUACUAGAUCCAUAUCUUCAAUCAGUAUCUUCAAUUUAUGUUGUAAGGUAUAGGAGGGUACUGUUCAUGUGUGCAUUAGUGAUACAGAGAUCUAGUCAAGGAAUUAUGAGAAACUUCGCUUCAAGUGCUUGUUUAUUUU